AUGUAUAACGUAACUUCAUUGAUGGCAUCAUCGUCUCCUGCUCGUAUGAUUCCAACCCAACGGCGUCAUGUAUCCCUGUGUUCCGUAUGUGGAGAUAAAGCUAGUGGUAAACAUUAUGGAGUCAUGAGUUGCGAUGGUUGCCGUGGGUUUUUCAAACGAAGUGUUCGUCGACGAAUUGAAUAUAAAUGUAAAGGUGAUUCCAGAUGUCAAGUUGAUGUCAGUCGGCGAAAUCAAUGUCAAGCAUGUCGAUUUCAACGUUGUUUAGCCGUAAAAAUGAAACCCAAUGCUGUCCAAAAUGAACGCGCACCACGCCUACCAUCCAAACGAGUGCUUCCAACAGCAUCACUCCCACGAACACAAUGUUGGACACCACCAACUGUCGGGUAUGUAGCAAAGUCACCAUCCGUGACAUUGCCAAUUGAUUUCCGAAACAUAUCAACGACUAAUACAUCAUCUCCCAUCUGGCCAACGGCUCGCAUGUAUCCUCCACAACAAUCUUUCAAUCUAUCGAAGUGCAGCACAUCGCCUGAUGUAUCGAACAAUGAUGAAACUCACAGUUCACUCGAAGAGAAUUCGCUAAGAAUUCAUUGUGAAACUGCAUCGUAUGUUCUACUCGAGUCUGUUCGGUGGAUUUACUCAGUACCAUCAUUUAAACAAUUGAAUGAAUACGAUCAAUGGGCUUUAAUCGAACAAUCAUGGCCACUUUUAUUUCUUUUAACAUCUGCUGAAACAAAGAAAUUUCUCGAUCAAAAUGAUGUGGAUGUCAUGGAUGAAGAUAAUCAAUACACAUCAUUUCAAACCAUAAUUAAAGAAAUAAAUCGUCAUACACUCGAUCAAACUGAGUAUGCUCUUGUCAAACUAAUUCUUGUAUUUAAUAAUCCCACUAAUGUUCAACCUCAAGAUCGACUUUUAAUUGAUAAAUACCGAAAUGAUGCACUAUUUAUGUUAACUGAUUAUACCAGCGACUUGAAAUAUCGUCGGAUAGCUGAACUGCUUCUUCUACUAUCAAAUCUUCCCGAAAAAGUCAAAGAAAUCUGUUUAGAAAAACUCUUCUUUCAACAUUUACUCGACCGUAUUUCAAUGAAAAACCUCCUCCACAACAUUAUUCGUCAUUUCUGCACAUUCACCCGCUAG